AUGAUGAUAAACACUUUUACCAGAGUAAGGAAAAUACCCUUUUCUCCCCGCCAGCUUCGCAGCUCAUUCCAUACAAGCGGUCAAUGUUGUGCAGCUAAAGGCUUACUUCAACCAACAAUAAAGAAAAACAUAAAUCUUCGAGAAUCCCAGGCUAAAAGCAAGACAAACUCCUCUGUAAAGGCAAUUGAUGAGGUGUUUGUGAAGAAAUUUCAACAGGGGUCUAUAUAUGAUCCGUUUGAUUUUUCUAUGGCGAAAGUCAAUUUAGAUCGUAAGACAAAAUCUCUUAUAGGAACUUCAAAAACUUAUAACAUUAGCUAUAAUAUUAAUCCAUUGGACUUGUAUUCAAGUCCAAGUGAGUUAAAUAAGUUUAUUUCCUCUACGGGGAAAAUAUUGCAUAGAGAUGUCACCGGUUUAUCAGCAAAAAACCAACGUCGUUUAUCAAAAGCCAUUAAAAGGGCGCAAAGUAUCGGUCUGUUGUCAAAGACACAUAAGCACGUUGAUGCAUUACCUAGAAGGAGUUUAUAG